AACAACAAAAACAUUAUCUUCAUUAUCAGUGCUACAAGAUUACCCACAAGGUGAAAGAUACUGAACUUUGAAGGUUCAUUAAGGGGUGCGCCUGUAGUAUCUCCAUAACCCCUCAAGUAAGGCGCCACAGCACGAUAGCCAUGUUCGGCUAAGUAAGCGAUUUGGUGGCGCCAUGAGUACCUGUUGGGGAAUAUUGUGAAUUAACUAGCACAUACACAAUCAAAGCAAAUAGUGAAGAAAAAAAUAUACACAAUGAUUUAACCAGGUUCUGCCCAGCCUAGUCCCGAGGGAAAAACUGAGAAUUUCCCUGUAUGAAUAAGCUUUAAUGCACUGGGCUACCUUUUUUUUUUUUUUUUUUAGAGUUUCACAUAUUUUGAUAUACCAUAAGUUAUCCAGUCAGAAGCUUAAAUAGACUAAUUUAGAGGUAAACAGAAAUAGUUAAGUAACCUCUUCACCACAUAUUCAAGGAAACAAAUUUUGUCACAGUUAUUCUUAUGAUAAUUACUCCCCUCGUUUCAUUUUCCUUAGCUCAUGUUGACUUGAUACACUCCUCGAGAAAACUUUAAUUCGAGGUAUAUUUUACUGGACUAACCUUAUCAACGAUGUUUUUGAACUCUAAAUUAGAUUAUUUAGCUAUUUAAUACUAGGGGUAGUAUGGGAAGAAGGUACUCCCUCCGUUCCUAAAUACUUGUCACAUUUUGGUUGCAUGCCCGUUGAGAAACUAUGUAUUUUUACCAUCAUACCCUUUUCAAAUUUUCUUCAAUCACUCUUCUUUAACUAAUGAAAAGUGUGAUCCCUCUUCAAUAAAUGAAAAGGUGUUAAGGGUAAAAUGAGAUGAAUAUACUUAAUUAUGUCUUGAUUUUAGUAUUGUGGAACACUGUUUUUAGUAAGGAUGACAAAUAUUUAAGAACGGAGGGAGUAACAAAACUCGCUUAAUUUGCAAAAAUGAACAAGUAAAAUGAAACGGAGGGAGUAAAAAUUUAACAUGUUGGCUUCUAUUUAAAGAUAAGGCCUACCUGUCAUAGGCCAAUAGAUAAUAGGUCUUUGUUUACCGAACAAUGAUCAAAGUAGAAUCAUAUCUUAUAACAUUCCCUCGAAGAAAAAGGCAGAACCACCACCACAAAAACAUUCAUACAUCCAUUUAUUAUAUCAUCAAACAUUUUAUCUUUUGAUUAAUUAGCUUGUUCUAAAAAUGAGCAAAUUAGAGCUGGUAUUUGUGCCUGCCCCGGCCAUCGGUCACCUAGUUUCGAUAUGCAAGUUUGCAGAGACCUUGCUUAAUAGAGAUGAAAGGCUAUGUGCAACAAUUCUGAUUAUAAGGCCACCGUGGGAUGCCCGCAUAGAUGCCUACAUCAAGCGAAGCUCCUAUGAUCCUCAGGGCAGUCGAAUUAGAUAUAUGAUACUUCCUCAAGUUGAACCGCCAUCUUCAGAAGAACUAGCUAAGUCUCUUGAGAACUACGUCUCUCUUUUUAUAGCAAAUUAUCGACCCCUUGUCAAGGAAGCAAUAGUCAGCAACAAGUGGUCUGAUUUGAACACGAAAAUUGUUGGACUAGUUAUUGAUAUGUUUUGUAGUUCAAUGAUUGAUGUGGCAAAUGAACUUGACAUUCCUUCCUAUCUUUUCUUCACUUCUGGUGCUGGUUUUCUAGGUUUUCUGUUUUACAUGUCCGUUUGGCAUGACCAAGUUGGGAGAGAAUUUAACCGAUCUGAUGCUGAUUUAAAGAUAGCGGCCUAUGCUCAUCCAGUACCCUCAAAAGUUUUGCCUAAUUUUGCAUUUGUCAAGGAAGGUUACGACUCAUUCCGCAACCAUGGUGUCAGGUUCAAAGAAACUAAAGGAAUUCUCAUCAACACAGUUGCAGAAUUCGAAAGUCAUGCUGUCAAUAGCUUAGCAUCUGAUCCUGAAUUACCUCCGGUUUACACGGUAGGAUUUCUUCUUGACCCCGAGGGUCAAACAGGUACGGGAAAUUCCAAGUCUGAAGAUGAUGAAAUCAUGAAAUGGCUAGACCAGCAGCCACCUUCGUCUGUUCUUUUUCUGUGCUUUGGAACCAUAGGUAAUUUUGAGCCGCCACAGCUAAUCGAGAUGGCAAUCGCACUUGAACGGAGUGAGGUUAGGUUCUUGUGGUCAAUACGUCUUCCUGUGGACGCUGAAACUACAAAAUUAGAUGAGAUAUUGCCGGAAGGGUUCUUGGAGAGGACAAAAGACAGAGGAAUAGUAUGUGGAUGGGCACCCCAAGUCGAUAUCUUGGAGCACAAAGCCACUGGAGCAUUCGUAUCUCAUUGUGGGUGGAAUUCGACUGUAGAGAGUCUAUGGCAUGGAGUUCCAAUUCUUACAUGGCCGCUUUAUGCAGAACAAAGCAUGAACGCGUUUCAAUUGGUGAGAGAUCUUGAGAUGGCAAUGGAGCUCAGAUUGGAUUACAGGAUGCACGAUAGUGAUCAUCGUGAAAUUGUGAAGGCAGAGGAGAUGGAGAGAGCUAUAAGAUGCAUAAUGGACAGUCAAAAUCACCUGAGGAAGAGAGUCAAGGAUAUGGGAGAAAUUUGCAGGAAGGCACAGAUGGAGGGUGGAUCUUCUUUCAUUUCUGUAGGACUAUUCGUUGAAACUAUUCUUGAUUCCUAGAAUUGAGAAAAGAAGAUCUUCAUAUUUUGUGAUACUCUUCGGAUUAGAGUAGAGGAUUAGUGGGUAGGAGUUCGUCCGUAAUAGUAAGGAAGAGUGCCUUUGUUUGUAUUUGUGCCUGCAGUUUCUUGUUCAUGGUGUUUUGAUGUUGUCUAUGAUUUCGAGUAGAUAGUUUAUAUUAUUA